CCUGACUAGAUUCGAGGCUUAUCAUAACGUACCGUUUGGCCGUCAUGCUCGGGGAGAGAAGUGUCACUAUUCUCUGUGUCUUCAACCUAAGCAAAAGCAAAUGACCCACAUCAUCUCCUCAUUUGUAACGCCCAUGAUAGCCAUAUUAGUCGAAGCUUUAUAGCUCACUGCCUCUAAAAUCGAAUUUUACUUCCCAUAUUACCACCUUAUACAUCGCACCUACUUCAACCAUUCGAUAGAGCAGAGAGCGUUCAUUUUCCUCAGCAGCCACCACCACACAACGAUGUUCUCACGGGCACUGAGGACGAGCCGGGCGGCGCGGCUGCCGAGAUCUGCGCUCUCGAGGACGGCGAUUGCGAGCCGUUCGGUCACUACUGGAGCUGCGUCGGCUCACCCGGAGAGAGAGUGUGUCCCUGACGAGGAUGAUAAGCCUUUUGAAGUGCGUCUCUCUGACGAGAGCUUCGAGACUUACGAGUUCGACCCGCCGUCAUACACUCUCAACACCACGAAGAAGGAGCUGAAGCAGAUGUACUACGACAUGGUAGCCACACGCCGCAUGGAAAUGGCCGCCGACAGACUGUACAAAGAGAAGAAGAUCCGCGGCUUCUGCCACUUGUCGACCGGCCAAGAAGCCGUCGCCACAGGCAUCGAGCACGCCAUCGCCAAAUCCGACGAUGUCAUCACGGCCUACCGCUGCCACGGUUACGCGCUGAUGCGUGGCGCCUCAGUCAAGCAGAUCAUCGGCGAGCUCCUAGGCCGCCGCGAGGGCAUCGCUUACGGUAAGGGAGGCUCUAUGCACAUGUUCACUAAAGGCUUCUACGGCGGCAACGGUAUUGUUGGCGCGCAAGUGCCUGUCGGUGCUGGGUUGGCGUUCGCGCAUAAGUAUAACGGGGAUAAGAAUGUCACAGUGGCGCUGUAUGGUGAUGGAGCGUCGAACCAGGGACAGGUGUUUGAGGCGUUUAACAUGGCGAAGCUGUGGAAAUUGCCUGUUCUAUUUGGCUGCGAGAACAACAAGUACGGCAUGGGUACCUCCAUGAACCGCUCCUCUGCCAUUACCGACUACUACAAGCGCGGCCAAUAUAUCCCUGGCCUUAAAGUCAACGGCAUGGACGUGCUCGCCAUCAAGGCCGCUGUCGCGCACGCCAAGGCCCACGCCGUCGCCGGCCACGGUCCCGUCAUCAUCGAGUACUCAACCUACCGCUACGGCGGCCACUCGAUGUCCGACCCCGGCACCACGUAUCGCACGCGCGAGGAGAUCAAGCGCAUGCGCUCGACAGACGAUCCUAUCGCUAACCUCAAGUCGCAGCUGCUGGACUGGGAGGUCGUGAGCGAGGAGGAGCUGAAGGGCAUUGAUACGCAGGCGCGAAAGGAUGUCGAUAUCGAGGUCGCGGAGGCGGAGAAGAUGGAGGCCCCUAAGGCCAAUCCAAAGAACUUGUUCGAGGAUAUUUAUGUUAGGGGCAGCGAGCCGGACUUUAUGCGCGGCAGGACGGUGGAUGAGACGUACUAUUAUUAGAUCGGAGGUGUAAAGGGGAGUGAAGAGGGGUUUGUGGUGAGUUGAUGAGCAAGAUGUAGAGUGUAAGAUAAUACCAGCCUCGUAGAAAUACAUGCUCCUUUG